AUGCCACCAAAGGCUGCUGCAACAAAGGGAAAGGCCGCCCCUAAGGCCAAAGCCGCCCAGAAGGCUGCCCUCAAGGGUGUCAACCCACACAAGGUCCGAAAGGUCAGACUAUCGGCUUCCUUCCACCGACCAAAGACUCUAUCCCUCUCGCGAACCCCCAAGUACCCCCGCAAGUCGAUCCCACACGCUCCCCGCCUAGACGCCUACAAGGUCAUCUCGCACCCUCUUAAUACCGAGAGUGCCAUGAAGAAGAUCGAAGAGCACAACACCCUUGUCUUCAUUGUCGAUGUCAAGGCCAACAAGAGGCAGAUCAAGGCCGCCGUCAACAAGCUCUACGAUAUUAAGCCAGUUAAGGUUAACACCUUAAUAAGACCUGAUGGAAGAAAGAAGGCUUUCGUUAAGCUCGGUGCCGAGACUGAUGCCCUGGAUAUUGCCGCAUCGAAACUCGGAAUUGUAUAA